AUGAAAAUAUUUUUCAUCGUUUCUACUGCUUACAUCGUGGUCCUAUUACAAGCAUCUAAAAGAACCAACACUAUCGCAUAUAAUGAAAUGCUUAUGGGUGAUACAUUUAAGAUCCAGCAUUUGCUUAUUUGGAGUGCUCUCAUGAGUCUUUUUUUCCAUCAUAAGUUCUCAUUUCUUGAAUUAGCAUGGAGUUUUUCUGUAUGGUUAGAGAGUGUGGCCAUCCUGCCUCAGUUAUACAUGUUAUCUAAGGGUGGAAAGACCAGAAGUCUAACUGUUCAUUACAUUUUUGCCAUGGGAUUAUACAGAGCAUUGUACAUUCCCAACUGGAUUUGGAGAUAUCGUACCGGAGAUAAAAAACUGGACAAGAUUGCUUUUUUCGCAGGAUUAAUGCAAACUUUAUUGUACUCUGAUUUCUUUUACAUCUAUUACACUAAAGUUAUUAGAGGAAAAGGCUUCAGACUACCAAAAUGA